CCUCUCUAAAUCAAUGCCUUUUAUAGGCAGGACUGCCUUUUAGAGCUGCGCCUGCCUGCCUUCUGUCACUCAACAACCUGUGCUUCUUGCAAAAAGUGUAGCCUACAGCACUGAUCAUCCAUCCAGCAGCAACCAGGAACAUGGAGACGCAGCUCCUCUUCACCAUGAGCAGCUGAGAAAGUGAAAGAGUGCGAGAGAUCCGGGUCUGUUCACUUUUUGAAGACGUUUACUCAAAAUUGAAGGUUUCUGAUUGGACGGCAUGGGGAAUCUGAUCAAGGUUCUGACGAGGGACAUCGACAACAACGCGGGGAACUUUUUCCUGGACUUUGAGAACGCUCAGCCGACUGAGGCAGAGAAAGAGUUAUGGGAACAGGUGAACAAGGUUCUGAUGGAGGCCAUGAGCGUUCUGCAGGAUCUGCAGUCCUACAGUGGAGCUGGAGAAGCCAUUAGACAGGCCAUCCAGCAGCCGACUAACGAAAGCGUGCAAGAGAAAGCCUGGACUGCCGUGGUGCCGCUGGUGGGCAAAUUAAAGAAGUUUUACGAGUUCUCCCUAAAGCUGGAAGGUGCCCUGCACGGCCUGCUGGGAUUCCUAACGAGUGCGCGCUGCAGCCCCACGCAGCACUUGGAGCAGGAGCAGGCUCUGGCGCGCCAGUUCGCCGAGAUCCUCCACUUCACUCUGCGCUUCGACGAGCUCAAGAUGACUAAUCCGGCCAUUCAGAACGACUUCAGCUACUACCGCCGGACCCUGAGCCGCAUGCGAAUCAACAACUUGGCAACAGAGGAAGAGAAUGAAGUAAACAACGAACUGGCCAACCGCAUGUCUCUGUUCUAUGCCAACGCGACACCAAUGCUGAAAACAUUAAGUGAUGCCACGACGAAGUUCGUAUCCGAGAAUUCAGAUUUACCCAUAGAAAACACAACAGACUGCCUAAGUACGAUGGCGAGCGUGUGUAAAGUCAUGCUAGACACACCGGAGUACCGCACCCGUUUUGCGAGCGAAGACACAGUGUUAUUCUGCCUGCGCGUCAUGGUGGGAGUCAUCAUCCUCUACGACUACGUUCACCCUGCUGGAGCUUUCGUCAAGUCCUCAAAAAUUGACAUGAAAGGAUGCAUUAAAGUCCUGCGGGAUCAGCCUCCGAACAGAGUAGAAGGUCUCCUUAACGCGCUCAGGUACACGACAAAACAUUUGAACGAGGAGACUACCUCCAAGCAAAUCAAAAACAUGUUACAAGUCUGACAGCGUCCACAAAACGGUACUUUUUGGAACGUAACGAGGAUUUCGACCCUCUUCUGAAGAGACUGGGAGGUUUUCUAUACGGAGAAAAUGGCCAUGUGUCAGGUGGCAGCUAUCGGGAUACACUGCUGUUUGGUGAUCUUUACGCAACUCAGAAAAGGAGCUCCUCUGCUGUGUGUGUGUGUGUUUUUUGUUUUUUUUUUAAAUCGUUUUAUCACCCCGGUGUAUUAUUAUUUUUUUUAAAUGGUUGAUAAAGUGCCAACGUAGAAACAUGUUUGUAAUUUCAUUCCAUUGAUAAACGAUGGUUGUUUUGACAUUUGAUUUCUCUUUUGAACAAAAUAAAGCAGCUGUUUAAAAAACUU